GUAGGUCAGCCCUGAGGCAACCUGGGAGGCCUGUAGGCCUGAGGUGAUCAGUGACCCUCACAUGAGCGUCCAACUGUUGGGAGGGGAAGCCUGUGUCCUGCUGUGACCAGCGAACAGCGCUGGGAGCAUCCGUCUGAGAGGAGGCCUGCGGGCCUGAAGUAACCAGUCAGCAGCGCAGGAGUAACCAUCGGGGGAGGCUUGUGGGACCUAAGGUGGAGCCACCAGCGCAAGAGCUUCCGUCUGAGGCCUAAGGGAUUCUACUACUUAUGGCUGACACAAAAUCUUCCAUCUGUAAUGAACAUUUCAGUGUGGAGAAACUAAAGGAAUGGCCAGAGCCAGAGUCUGUUUCUCUAAUGCAGGAAUUAGCUAGAGAAGACAUCGACGAAGCCGUGCAUGCAAUCUUGUUUAGGGAGAACUACAUUGUGAAGAGGUUGGAUACAUAUUUACAGCACGAGGCUGUCUUUAAGGAAAGAAGGAAAGAGAUGCUGCAUAAGAAAUGGGUUGAAAAUGUGGCACAACCUCUUCAGCAGAGAAUCAUAGAAAAGUUAUUUUCAUAUAGAAGACCUGGAAAAAGUCAAGUGAAAUACGAAUACUGCUCAAAGCACACAAAUGAGCCGACCAAACCAUCUCCAUUGUGUGAAUGUCUGUUUCAAAAACAGCAAGAGCUCAGAGAAGCAAAGGGACCCAGUUACCACCGUGGCAGAGGAAAACAGCCUGGCACACAAAAAGAAGCCAAAGAAACUGAGAAGGGUCUCCUCUUCACCAGAUCACCCCAGUUCCCGCUCAGGUCCCAUUGCACCGUUCCCAGAGACAGGCAGAGACUUCAUGCACGAUUCAUGCAGAAUAAGCCUUGUGGCAGAAACAAGUACAAGGGAGCUGGUUCUGAAAAGGUCAUCUAUGCGUUAAAGCCCCAUCUGCCUAAGGAGGAGAAGAAGACUGUUAAUCGAAGCCAGCUUGGUUUUGAAAGGCAGUUCCGUGCCUCAAAGCUCAGCCAGCAGAACAAAGGGGCUGAAAAGAAGAGCCUGGCUUUAGGGACCCGAGCACAGAGACCACACUCCUGGGCGGCAGCAGACAGUCCGCAGGGGACGCCACUUGUGGGAAGAAGAGUGAUGACAGCCGAGAUCCUGGGGAAGCAUCUGGCCUCCUUGCAGCAGGCAUCCAGGGCUGUCUACAGCAACUCGCCCUGAUGUCGGCUGCAUCUUCAGAACCAACAGACACGCUCCCCGAACCCAGGAAGGCUGGCGCUGGCUCGCCCAACAGGCUGUGCCUGCUUCUUCAGAGCUCCUGGAGAUAAGCAGGAUGCUGGUUGUUUCGGUUUUGUGUACCAAGUAAAGGCUCUUUUCUGGGGUGCUGGGGUCAGUAUCUGGAUCAGUAAGGGAUGGGUCUUUAAAAGCGAUCUCAAUACACUGAAUUGUAUCCUCAGUUGAUUCAGCCAUGAUUAUAGUUAAAUAAAAGUGGGGCGAAUGGAA